UAUUCGUCAUUCUUUUAAUAUCAAAGUAGCUGAGGAAGUUGAAUGGAAUUAGUGUCAAAUUAUUUUAGAAAUAUUAAAAAGAAAUUUCUCUUUUUCAAAGUAGCAAAUAUAAAUGAUGAAAGUAAUAUAAAUUGUUUGCUGAAAACGGAUUAAUUCUGCUGCGAACUUAAACAAUUUGAAAAGCAAUUUCACAUCAAAAAAGCUAAAUACAAGAGUUGUAGCACUCAUAAAAAAGGUAAGUUAUUAAUAAAAAAGGGCAAAAAUUUCGACCUUCGCACUAAAGAAGCAAGCGAAUAACAGGAAUUUUGGCAAAGUUGGAAAAAGAUUUUUGGGGUUAAUUUAGCGUGUGUUAAAAGCAAGGCGAUAAAAAAAACUAGCAUAUUUAUUGCAAAUUAUGUCCGAGGCUGUAGCAGUACCUUUGAUACCACAGUUGCAAGAAAUGCAGCAACAGCAACAACAAAAUUCAAAUGGCAACGGUGGCAACCAACAACCAAGUCAAUGGACAGGUUAUGGACCUUGGUACAAUAAUUCCAAUACGUCCUACCCGCCCCCACAACAAUAUUCUCAGUAUUACCAGUAUUAUAUGCGCUAUGGAAUACAUCAGCAACAAUCGGGGGUAACUUCAACUAUUUCUAGUAGUAAUGCCCCGCCUGGUUUCAGUAAUGCAGUCAUGUCCCAGAGUGAAAAAAAUAUGCCACCAUUGCCAUCAGGUCCCCCGCCGCCACCCCCUAAUAACGGUGCUGGCAACGGGAGCAAUCAGAAGAACUUCGGUGGCAUUCGAUUUAAUUUAAGUCAGCAGAAACGGCUGACAAAUACUCCAAACCCAUUGCAGCAGCAAUUAAAUGGGAAUUUUAGUUUUAAUCAAAACAAUAAUAAUCAAAGUAUCCUUAGCAAUAAUAAUAAUAACAGUAAUAAUAAUAAUAAUAAGAAGAAACGCAAACGUAAUAAAAAUAAGCAGAAUCAAAUGCAGCAAAAGCAGCAAGCAAUAUUCGAUGCUCAUUUUGAUGAAGCACGCUCAUCGUCCUUGAUAAAUGAGGCGAAUUUCAUAAACACUUCGGUACCACCUCCACCACCGCCACCAAUUAUAUCCAAUAUUGAUUUAAGUAAACCCCCGCCACCUAUAGGGCAGUCUCUUGAUAACAGUAAUGCUGGAGAAAUGGCCAAUCCAAAUGAGCUCCCCAUUUCGGAGAAAAAUUCUCCACAGCCAGCAUCUUCAUUAAUAGCGGUCAAUUCUAAUACUUUUAAAAAGCCGAAUGCUUUUAAUAAUCCGAAUGAUGCUUGGCCUGAAUCUUUAAAUAAUUAUGUGGCCCGUUGUUAUGCGAAAUGUACGACCGAUUUGGAUAAAGAUCAAAUCGAUAUAUGUCUUAAGGGAAAAAUUAUUGCCGCAGCUAAUCGCAAUGAACUUUGGACCCGCGAUUGGGAUAACGAACCAUUGCCUAGUGUUUUCAGUGAACGCAACAACCUAAGCGUAAAACUACACAACCAGACACAAUCUCCUCAUCAUCAUCAUCAUCAGCAGCAACAACAAAGUCAACGUAAUCCUUUUAAUCAAAGCAAGAAUACGCAACAAAUAAUUCCGAUGGAUCAUUUAAAAAAUAAUCAUAACGGCAAAGGGGGGGGAUUAUCGCGUAGUUUAAAUUCACGGUUGGGUCAAAGAAAUUCUUUUCUCGGGAAGUGCAGAGAUUCACGCAGUCGUUCGCGUUCUCCUACGAAAUAUCGUAAUAAUAAACGUAUAUCGCGGUCCCGUAGUUCGUCGUCGUCGUCUUCUUCGCGACCACGAAAAAUGCGUCGUUCUUCGUCAUCCUCUAGUUCAUCCUCUGAUCACCGUUCGUCCGAAAAUUUCAUAUCCCUAACCACUUCCGCAUCCACUAAUUAUUCUAAUAAGAAACAACAAAAACAAAAUAAGAAAAACAAAAAACAUGACAACUCCUUAAGCCUUUCCUCUGUUUCCUCUAAUGCUAAAUCCAAAAUACCCUUCUAUUCGUCAUCGAUUGGUGGUGCCAUAGAUGACGAUACUGCACGUCUCCAACAAAGAGCGGCACGUUUUUCUUUAGCUGGUACUAAUAAGGCGAUUGUGGCGGUGGCCAGUUCGCCUUUUGGUCAAAAUAAAUUUAAUAAAAAUAGCAAGAAAUUUAACAACAGUAUUAAUUCACGUAUGUUUAUCGAAGAUGUUGAGUCCGCUGUAGAUAACGCUGGCAUUGAAUUGUUCGAUUUACAUAUUGUUGGUACAUGUCGCGAUUUGGAGAAGUCCUUUUUACGACUAACCAAAGCACCAUUACCUUCAGAGGUUAGGCCUAUACAAGUACUUGUACAUUCAUUAGAGAACGUUAAAAAGAAAUGGCGUGAAAAUCAGGAUUAUUUCUACGCUUGUGAUCAGUUGAAAUCAAUACGACAAGAUUUAACGGUGCAAGGUAUUCGAGACAAAUUCACGGUAGAAGUUUAUGAAACUCACGCCCGCAUAGCCAUGGAAAAGGGAGAUCAUGAGGAAUUCAACCAAUGCCAAACGCAAUUGAAAAUGUUGUACACCGAAGUCGGAGCAAGUGUGAAUACCUUGGAAUUCACCGCUUAUCGUAUACUUUAUUAUGUCUUCACGAAGAAUACCUUGGAUAUCACUACGGUUUUACGAUCAUUAACACAAGCGCAACGUGAAAAUCCUGCUAUUGCUCAUGCCCUAGAAUUUCGUUCAGCUUGGGCGAUGGGCAACUAUUGCAAGCUGUUUCGUUUAUAUAAGGCAGCCCCAUUGAUGGCUGGUCAUCUAAUAGAUUGGUUUAUCGAAAGAGAGCGCAAAUCCGCCUUGAAAACAAUUAUUAAAGCGUACCGUCCACAUAUUGGCAUUGACUUCAUCACUGAGCUGUUGGCUUUCGGCAGUUUAGCUAAAUGUCAAGAAUGGUUGGUCGGCUUUAAUUUACCCUUUACAGGGUUAGAAAACAAUCAAAUUGAUUGUAAAAUCGCUUCAACCAUAACAAUCUGAAUAUUAAAGCGAUAAACAACGAAUACGUUGCGUUAAGAAAUCAUACAAAGAAAAGCGAAACAUUUAAUGACUUUCAAAUAGAGUGCCUUUAACAAAAAAAAAAAAAAAAAAAAAAAAAUUAAAAAAAAAAUGAAACUAAGGCACGUUUUUGAGAGUUUUCGCUACCAAACAAAAUUUCACAACCUGCGCUCUCUUCGUAUAACCUAUUUUAUAACUAGAAAAAAAAAAGAAAACCUUCCGCUAUAAUCGGAAACAAGUCUUCCCCUAAAAUGUGCUGCGUUUUCAUAAAGUGAACUUUAAAAAAUUGUUUUUAUGAAUUUUUUCGGGUACUUAUUCAUAAAAAUAUUUGAUCUUCAUUUUUUAAAAACAAUUAUUCCAUAAAAUUUUUUAAGUGCUUAAAUUUCUCCCUCUUUCUUAUAAUACAAAUGAGACUGUCGUUGUUCGGUGUUAAAUGCGCUAGUAAUUUAGAAUGUUUAAAAAGAGUGUUUAAAGAUAAGUAACUAGUGGACGGGAAAACCAACUUGUUGAAAACUUUCUAUUUCCUUUAGUAAAAUUGAAAUAAUCCUUUAUUAAACGCAUUAAUCGGAUUUCUAAAACUGGAUGGAUGCAUCGAUUUUUUAUGCAUUCAAUUACAGCAACUUGGCAGCUUUUAAGUCGCGUCUCUGUCUAUGAAAUAUAUGCCUGAUAGGAUUUAAUACUUCUGGGAAGUUUUGUUUAACAAAUUUGAAUAACUUCGAUAAAGUCGUCUUGGACUAGGAGUUAAAAGGACGGAUCGUGUUAAGCAGCAGGUAUGGUCGCGUUACACUACACUUGCGGAUCUCUAAGAUGGCUGGAUUAGAACAAAGCUAAAGAGGAAUUGUAAAACUAAGCAUUACCGCAAAUUAUGCGAGAAGCCCAAGGUAGAUCCACCAUUAGCCAUGAUAUGCUCUAAUGGCUGCAUAAUAAUAUUGCAAUCAAUCGUCUUAUCAGCAAAACCGCUAAAUAUUAGAAGCGAAAAUUUAACGUUCUAGACGAAAGCAAAACAACAACAAUAACAGCAAUUCAAUUUAGAUGAAAAUCGUAUAAAAAGUAAAUGAAAUUUUUGCUGCUAAAAAUAUGAAAGAGUGAACAAGGUUUAAAACAUCCAGAGAGAUUAACUUGAAGAAAGCAAUUUAAAAAAUAGAACUUUUUAAAUAAAAAAAAAAAAGAAAAGAAAACGGAUCGCUUUCUUCUCUGCGCGAAAGAACUUAAAAACUUUGACCGCCGUAUAUACACAUUUUUUUUUUAAAGUUUAGAUAGUGCCAAAUGUGUUCUGAACUACGCUUGGCGCAUUGUAUUUUUCCCUUGUUCGUAAAAGCAGUUACUAUUAUUGCUAUAUUACCAUAAUCCUUUGUUGUUCCUAAGCUCAUUUUAAUUUUUUUUUUACCUACAUUUUUGAUUUUAAUUUAUUUGUCCAAUUUUCGUUCAAAACUUAAUGUAAUUCUUUUCUAGUUUUCCUUUUUUGUUUUUUCUGAAAAAAAUACUGUAAAAAAAAAAAAAAAAAAAAUUUAAGGUUAUUUAAAAAACUUUUAAAAAAGAAACUAAUAAUUUUAUCUUUUCUCUAUAUACGGAAAUAUGAAUGGCACCGUGAGAAAUUUAUCAGCAAGCCACAUGCAAAGAUGCAUCGAAGUCAUCAGCAUGACAUGUGAACCAAUGAGCUGAACUUAAUAAAGCAACUCUUUACCCAUCCCAGCCUAAACAAGAGCCGCCGCCGAUUAGUGGGACUUUAAAGGUUGCAGCAACACAACAGUUGACUUUAAUGUAUUAAUCAACUACUAUCGGUUCGGAGGGGUUACGUGAAACAACAAUGUUUUAAAGAGCUUACAACCAUGUUCUUUUUACAGUUGCUAUUGCGUUCCAUCAGCACUAAGGCAAAAGUAUGUUUGUCACCCUGCCGUACAACUUCCAAACAAGGCGUAAGCAUGUUUUCAUUAUUAUCAUUAUUAUUAUUAUUAAAUCUAAUGUUAGCUCCUAAGUGUUGCAUAAUAUUAUUGGCUAAAAUGGUUCAUUGUAAUGAGAUUUUUCUAAAUAGUUUUAUUCGUCCUUUCGUUCGAUUUUGCGUCAAUUGUAAUUUUGUUUUGUUUUAAUUACGGUUAGUUUAAGCGAAUGUAAAUAAUAGAAUAUUUUAUAAUUUAAAUUUAUGCUCUUAAAAUCUAUAUAUUUAAUUUAAUUUGCGCA